AUGCUUAGUAGAAUACCUUAUAGAAAUUUUUCAAGCACAAAGUUUACUCCUAUUCACACUCAAGUAUGUGUUGUAGGUGGAGGCACAUCUGGCUUGAACUUUGUAUCUUAAUUCCUUCACUAAAGAGGAGUAAAGAGACAUUAAAUCAGAGUAUUUGAACCCUCAAAGCACCAUUUUGACUAAUUUAGCUGGAGCAUGGUAUCAGGUGGCUUUUAUGAUGCUUCCUUAACUGUUAAAAAAAACAGUGAUUUAUACAGCAAAUGGAUCAACUUCAACAAUUCUAAGAUUGUCAAAAUAGACCCAAAAAGAAGCGUUAUACAAACUAAUGAUGGAGUUGAGUAUAGCUAUGAACAUCUUAUCAUUGCUUCAGGAUUGGAGUGUGAUUAUUCUUAAAUCAAAGGAGCUUAAGAAGCACUAGAAAGUGUAGAAUGUCCUGUAGGUACUAUGUAUGACUACAGCUACGCUCAGAAAUUUAAUGAACUUGUCAAAGAAUUUGGUGGUGGAAGAGCCAUCUUCACUGAACCUUCCUCACCUUUUAAAAGCUAGGGCAGCCCUUAAAGCAUCGCUUAUCUGACUGAAGAAAGAAUCAAUAAAAAGGGAGUAAGAUCAACUACAAACUUUGAAUUUAGAAACGAAAGCACAGAAUUAUAUCCUCAUCCUAAGUAUACUUAAAGUUUGGAAAGAAUGCUGAAUGCAAGAUAAAUCCAAUAUAUUUAGAAUUCAAGAUUAGUAGAAAUUAAACCUACUAGUCAAGUUGCCGUCUUUGAAAAUAUUUAAACAAAGGUCAAAGAAGAAAUCAGAUUCGAUCUUGCACACAUAACUCCUCCCAUGAAAACUGCUGAUUUCAUCAAAAACAAUCCUGAAAUAUCAGAUAAUUCUGGUCUUGUUGAUGUUAACCCUUAGACCUUACAGCAUAAAAGAUACAACAACAUUUGGGCCUUAGGUGAUUGUGCUAACUUGCCUACUGCUAAAACAUUUGGUGCAAUUAUGAGCUAAACUCCUAUUUUAGUCAAAAAUAUUUCUCAUGUAUUAAGUGGCUAAGGCUUAAUUGUUCCUUAUAAAUAUAGUGGUUACACAAGCAGCCCUAUUUUUGUUGGCGAAGGCAAACUCAUCUUAACAGAGCAUAAAUACAAUUAGGAGGUUUGUGAAACCUUCAGUAAGUAGUAAGAAAGACCAUCUUCUUUAAUGUUUAAAGGAAUUAAGAAGUUUUAUCCAUGGUUUUACUGGAAUUGGAUGCCAAAGGGUUUAUGGAUUUGA